CGUUGGAAGAUGGCAACGGCUUCAGAGAGUAGCUAGAGUAACUUCGGAAAGUGGCUUCAGAAAGAGAGAGAAAGAGAGUGGCGACUUGGCGAGGCCAGGUUACCGAUCAGAAACAAUAAUAAGCGCGCGGUACCCGCUAGAAGCGUGGGAAACGUCAAACGGCCGUGUUAUUGUUCGCCUAAUUGUGCAGCGCGCGAGAGUUCCGGUUCGACGACGCGGGGUACCCAGUCCGAUUAUGUAGUGCAUCGAACAUGAAGACGAUAGAGGGAAAAGUAGUGAUGCUAGGUUCGCAAGGUGUUGGUAAAACGAGCUUGAUCGGGCGAUACUUGGGAAAUUUUGAACAUGCAAGUCCUACGAUAGGGGCAUCUUUCUUCAACUGCAAGAUCAAUUUGGACGAUAUGAAGAUAAAAUUGCAAGUAUGGGACACGGCUGGCCAGGAGAGAUUUCGCUCUAUGGCGCCGAUGUACUACAGAAACUCCAACGCGGCUAUGCUAGUGUUCGAUCUUACGCAGUACAACACCUUCGCCGCGAUCAAGAGUUGGGUGAAGGAGCUACAACAGAAUGUGGAGGAGACGAUGGUGCUAGCCUUGAUCGGCAACAAGUCCGAUCUGGUACAACAGCGCCAAGUUGACGGUGAAGAGGGUCAGAGAUAUGCCACAACAAUUGGUGCUACAUAUCACGAGAUUUCGGUGCUACAUAACGAGGGAGUAGAGAGCGUUUUCUUAGCGAUCGCCAUGAGCCUACGAAGAAUGGCGUCGGACAAUAACGAUUUGAACACUACUCUUAAGAUUUCUGAUUCUAACAACUUUCUUAGGAGCGACGAUAUGUUGCCCUCGCCCUCCGUCGAGGAGAGCCCGCAGAAUACCAGUAUUGCGCAUGGCAUACACGAAAAACCAUUUACCUGCUGCUAGUUUCUAGUUUUUCUUUUUUAAAAAAUGAGCGGCAAUAAUUAGACGAUAGAUCGCGCCUUAUUUAGGAACUUGCAUAACUACCAAAGAGUUUACUACUAAAAUGUUACUUGUCGGGUCGUCUUGCGGUUUUUGUCAAUAAACUAUAAAUUUUUAUUUUAUGCCGCGCUUCCGUUUACGAAAUGCAUACAAAAUAUGUAUGUAUGAAACGUAGAGCAAACGAACAUCCGCUCUUCCAAGCAGCUUUGAUGUUAGUUCGAUUAGUCGAAUCAAAUUUAUCACAACGUUUGCGUUAAUUUAUCAAAAGAAUUAAGUCGACGAUGGAAAUCAUAUAUGUAUCAAAUUUUCCAAGUGUAUGAUAAAAAUUAACUAGAUAGGCAAAAGAAGACUAUAUUUUUUGCAUAUUUAUAUGUGUAGAUCUUGUAGGAAACAAAUAACGCAGUAUGUCAAUUUAAAUUCAAGUGAUUAGAGUUAUAAUGACAAGUCAGCAAUUAUAGUAUUCUUCAAGAAAGUUAACUGCAAACUAUAUUCAACAUCUUCUAAUUUGAUUAAAGUUCGAUGUAUUCUGUGCAUUCUAUUUCAUAACAUUCUAUUUCAUAACGUAGAAUAACGCAUACUGGAAAUGCGUUAUAUGUUGUGCAAAAAUUGAUUAAUACGUAUAUAGCGAUCAUGUAGAUCUUGCCAUUAGAAAAUUAAUUUUCGCGGAUAGCGAGAUAUAUUUCAAUACAGCUAAUUAUUUUAUGAUUAACAUUGUUUUUACUAUUAUUCAAUUUUGAUAAUUUUAUAUAAAAAAAAAAAACAACAGUAUUUUACGUUAGUGCGUGAAUUAUUUAUGAACGAGAUAGAAUAGACUUAGAUGUUAUUAAUAUUUCUUUCGAAGAGACUGCUAAACUUUAAGUUCAAACAUUUUCUCUUACGCGAGUGACAAAUUAUUUUCGAUACCUCUGGGAAAAAAAAAAUCCCAACUUAAUUUUUUGCAUAUAUUGUGAUACGCACGUUCACGCGCUCCUCUUGUCGAAUUUCUGAAAGAUUUUACAUCCAACAAAAAUAAAUAUAUUUGUAAUAAAAAA